AUGCCAAGCCUCAUACAGAGACUUAGAUCCCUUGUGGGUUUGAAAGGCUGGGACUACUGUGUUAUCUGGAAACUGAGUGAAGACCAAAGGUUCAUUGAGUGGAUGGAUUGUUGCUGUUCGGGGACUGAAAUCACCCAAUAUGAUGCUGGACAAGAUCUUCUUUUCCCUCCAGUCCUUCCUUGUAGGGAUACCAUGUUACAGCAUCCAAGAACCACAGCUUGUGAUCUUCUUGCCAAAAUGCCUUCUUCUCUACCCCUAGACUCCGGGAUUUAUGCAGAGACCUUGAUAUCAAACCAACCCAGUUGGUUAAACUUCUCUAAUAACACAUGUUUAAGUACUCUAGAGGAAACAGUUGGUACCAAGGUUUUGAUUCCAAUACCAGGAGGAUUAAUUGAGCUGCUUGUUACCAAACAAAAGGUAUUUGAAGAUCAGCAUGUUAUUGAUUUUAUCACAGCCCAAUACAGCAUCUCAAUGGAGCAGGACACCCUCGAUAACAUAACCGGUACGAGUAUAAUGAGUGAAAUCGAAUCAAAGAACCUCUUAGAUAAUGGAAAUGAUCAAAUGGAUAUCAACAAUGUUCAUUUCCAGCCACCCCUUUCCUCUAGAAUUUGUUCGAAGUUAGAUAAUCUGAACCUACCAUAUGAUGUCUCCAUGGGUACAAUAAGCAAUUCUCCAAUCAAAUUCUUGCAGCAAUUUACUAAUUACAACUUGGGAAACAGAACCAAGAGUAGUAUUGAUGUUUCUUAUGGAGAUUCAUCACAUGAACCAUUUCUUUCAGAUAAACAAAUGGACCCAUUUAUUUGCACAGCAGAAAACGGGUUUCAAGAGAUGGAGGCAAUGCAGAGGUCCAUGAUGGCUGAUGAGACACAACAACACAUGCAUAUGCAAUACAUGGAGGCAUUAGCACCAGACAUGGAUCAGCAGGACGGCAAUGAUAAGCAGGACUCGAUUUUACAUGAUGAAGGACCAGCUGCAGAUGGACUGUCAGAUUGCAGUGAUCAGAUUGAUGAUGAUGAGGAUGAUGCAAAAUACCAGAGAAGGAGGGCAGGGAAAGUGCCUCAAGCCAAAAACCUUGUUGCUGAGAGAAAGAGAAGGAAGAAGCUUAAUGAAAGACUUUUUGCUCUUAGAGCUCUGGUUCCCAAUAUUUCCAAGUUGGACAGGGCUUCCAUUCUUGGGGAUGCAAUCGAGUAUGUGCAGGAGUUGCAGAAGCAAGCUAAACAACUCCAAGAUGAGCUUGAUGAUCAUGCAGAGGAUGAAGGUCCAAAGAACUCUGGCAUCACUGGCCACCACAACAAUAUACAAUCAGAGAUUCAAAGUGGACUUGACCCUGGGGGGCCUAAAACUGAUCAUCAACAUGAUAGCGUCUCCAAACAAAGCCAAGAUUCAGAUGUUAUCCAUGACCACAAGACACAACAGAUGGAGCCCCAAGUGGAAGUGGCUCAAUUAGAUGGAAAUCAGUUCUUUGUUAAAGUGUUCUGUGAGCACAAGCCUGGUGGAUUUGUGAGAUUGAUGGAGGCUUUGAGCUCUCUAAGCCUGGAAGUUAUUAAUGCCAAUGUGACUAGCUUCAGAUGCCUCGUGUCCAAUGUUUUCGUCGUAGAGAGAAAGGAUAGUGAGAUGGUUGAAGCUGAUGAUGUGAGGGACUCCUUGCUAGAGCUAACAAGGAACCCAUCAAGAUGGCGUAGUGAGAUAGCUAAAGCCGCAGAGAAUGGCGUCAGCUUCGACAACCAUGACCAUGACCAUCACCACCACCUACACCUCCACAACCGCCAUAUUAAUCCCUUCCACUUGCACCAUCUUCCUAAUGAAACGUGA